AUGUUGUCAUCAAUCAAACGAAUCGUUUGUAAAACUUCUCGUCUUCCUGUUCCUAGCGUAUCCAUUUUUACUUCUUGUCGCGCUCCUUUUCUGGUGACCACAAGAAAGAAUUCUUCUGCUGGUCCUUCUACGACACGUCUUAAUGCCCAAUCCAAUUUUUUUGAUGUUCUACAAGAUUCUAUGGAACAUGAUUCUAGUUUGCCAUCCUUUAUGGUUGGUUAUAAGAAUGGAUUUUUACCGAGACAGAUUUGCCAAUUAUAUGAUGUUAAUACUAUUACGGAUCAAAGACUUUUAUCUGCGUUAUUUCGAGAUUACACAUUCUUGUCUUCCGCCUAUUUGCUUGAACCAUGCGAUAUCAUGUUCAAAGAGAAAAAAGACUAUGGAUUAGGUCGCCAACUAUUACCAAAAAAUAUCGCAAUACCAUUGAAUAACGUUUCAAAAAAACUUCAUGCUUAUCCGUUCAUGGAAUAUGCUCUUUCAUACAGUUUAUACAAUUAUCAGCGCGUGGAUCCAUCUUUACCCAUCACUUAUCCUAAUUUGAACCUUGUUCGCGCCUUCGCUGGUACACCUUCCGAGCAUGGUUUUAUCCUUGUUCACGUAUCAAUGGUUGCUUAUAGUGGAAAUUUGGUUCGAUGGACAAUGGAAACGCUCAAUUCAGUAGAACAACAAGAUCGUUUUAAAUCCAAUAAUGCUCUUAAAAAUUUAAAUGAGACUAUGUUUUCAAUUAAUCAAGAAAUGGAAACCAUGUGGAAAAGAUCAAAUCCAGACGAUUAUUUAAAAUUUCGCACUUUUAUAAUGGGUUCCAAAAAUCAACCAAUGUUCCCAAAUGGUGUUAUUUAUGAAGGUGUAAGCGAUGCACCAUUAUUUUAUCGAGGAGAAUCUGGUGCAAAUGAUUCUAUGAUUCCAUGCAUGGAUAAUUUAUUACAACUAACAGCAAAAAUGCCUAAUAAUCCUUUAACCGAAGUUCUAAAAGAUUUUCGAAAAUAUCGUCCUACAAACCAUAAAGAGUUUUUAAAUUAUGUUCAACAUCGUGCCGAAGAAGUUAAUGUUAGAGAAUAUGCCAUUCAGGAUGCAAAUAGUACAACACUAUAUUUGGCAAAUAUGGACCAAAUUCGUGCAUUUCGUAAUCGACAUUGGAAUUUCACCAAAGAAUAUGUUAUUAAAAAUACUGUACAUCCUGUCGCUACAGGAGGUUCACCAAUCGUAACAUGGCUCCCCAAUCAACUAAAUACUAUUCUUGAACAAAUGAUACAAGUUGGUCAAGCAAUCGAUUAUUCUCAAUUAACUUCUGAAAACAGGAUUAAACUUGAUGAAAUUUUGAAUAGAGCUAUUACACAAGAACGCGUUUUAAAACGUGAGGUUGAAUUUUUAAAAGAUUUAUUUGGGGAGAGUCAAAAUAAA